UACCACCAAAAGGAAUACUCGCACAGUUUCACUCUAAGUUUUAAUCACUACCCAAACAAACAAGCAAAAUGCGUUCCUCCAUCUUCGUCUCCGUUGCUGCUUUUGCUGGUGCCGCUGUUGCCCAGUCGUCUUCCAUCGACCCUGCUCCUCAGACCAACUACCUCACCCAGACCAACUCCCUGGGUGUGGUUACCGGUGGUCCUGCUGCCGCCACCGCCCAGCCAUCUGUGAUCACUUCGCAACCCGCUGCUGCCUCCAACGUCGGUGUCGCUGCCUCCAAUGUCGGUGUCGCUGCCUCGAUCCCCGCCGUUGCUCCCGGUAUCUGGACCAUCCCUCUCCCCGCCGGCGGCAACAACACCAGCCUGAUCUCCUACAUUGUCAGCGCCGACAGCAGCACGACCGUUAUCCUUAACGCUCCCACCAGUUCUGCUGCCACCGCAACUGGCAGCGGUGCUUCUGGCUCUGGAGCCGCGACCAGGUCCGGCUCUGCUUCCGGCUCUGCCACUGGCUCCGGUUCCGCAUCGAGCUCCCAGGGUGCUGCUUCCAACGUUCAGGUCGCAGCGGGUGGCCUCCUUGGUUUCGGUGCUCUCAUGGCCGCGUUCUUGUAAGCGUGGUUUGAGUAAGCUCUUGGUGUUGCACUGAGAUAACACGGCACAUAUACACCGUGCACUCACGUCGCGUGGCAUCGCACAUGAGAGGUCCGGUGGUUAGGUCAUGUAAGAGUUGAAUUGUUUUUGAUGGUGACGUUGUGUUGAGGAUUAUCGUACUUUGUUUGAGAUACCUUGGAUCGCGUCGCAUUUUCUCGGCGCUUGGUUUUUGCCUGUAUGGCUUUGGAAUGAGUAGGGAUAGGAAGUAAUAGUUUGAGCAACAGCUCUUCAAGUCGUUUGAAAGUGC